AUGUCAGUAAUAAUCCCACGUGGUCUUUCCUCCGCGGCGGGACCAACCUCCACGCUGCUCAACAGGCGAGAAGAGUCCGUGAAGGCACUCAGAGUUGCUGGGAGUGCAAGCGACGGAAGAUCCGAUGCACCUUUGCAGCGCCUACAGGAACUCCAGGAGGUCCAUUAUGAGGCGGCGCUUGAGAGUAAAAAUGUUGAUAGGCUCAACCGGAUGGAAUCUCUCGUAGAUCGAUUCAUCAAGCGUGGCGGGACUGAAGUGCCAGACACGCUGCGUCCCGGAUCAAUCGAAUCUGCACGAGUUGGUAAAUUCAUCAGCCUGAUGGAUGUGGAACCGAAUCCGAUUCUCCCUGCCCCACUCCGAUCACAGUCCCUCCCCGGGGUACUGAGAGCCCUUUGGCUGACAGUCAUGACGAGCUCGUUUUUGAUCGAUGUUUCGGUAUUAUUCCACGGCAUAGUAUGCAUGCCGUACUCUAGAUUCCUUUCCCGACAACGCUUAUCUCCGCAAGCCGUAUUGCGGAUGCCUCUGCUUGGAUCCCAUCCGGUCCUCGUAGCAAGGAGGCUUCUAAUUCUUGGCUCUUUUUUACAGGGCAUUCCGCCGUCCUCGGCGGGGAAACUCGCUGGCCUAACAUCGGACCACCAGGAUAUCAUGAAUCGUGUGGUCCGAACCGCUUCUAGGCUUGUAACAAAUGAUGAUGAACUUGUCACUUCACUCGACGGUAUCGAGUGUGUUAUGAUUGCAAGCAUAGCCGUGGUUGUUGCGCAGAUGAUGGGGUUAGAUACAGGGAAUACCUUGUCGAGCAUAAUUCUCGAGCCGGAAACUCAGGAUCGUAUCGAUCCUGACUACAUGUGGUUUCGCAUAGUCUCCACAGACAGGUAUCUGUCGUUGAUGCUGGGCCUGCCACAGGGUUCAUCCGAAAAUGUCUUCGCGAGUCAGAAGGUCCUACAAAAUUGCAUGGCUGUGGAGUGCCUGGAGCGCUUAGAGUCCGUUGCAGCUGGGAUUAUCCUACAGCGUAAUGUUGGCGAGCAAAUUGAUCUUGCGACAAUACACAGAGUGGACAAAAUGCUUCAGGAGGCUGCCGCCCUAAUGCCACCACGGUGGUGGCCGAUGACUUCCAAUGGUCCUGUAAGCGAUGAUGCCCAGGCAUUCGAAGAGUCAAUCCGCCUUACAAGCCAUUUAACAUAUCGUCAUCUCUUCCAGGAUGACUGCUGCGAAUGCCGUCGUGCGAUAGUCGCCCAGUUCGUGGCAUUCCGAGGAGCGAAUUUAUCGACGGCUUAUUGUCGCGGUCUCGACUUUGUUGCUUUUAUUGCUAGCACGACGCUGUGCAUUGCGCAUAUGGAAGCUCAUAGGCAGCACCAAUUCGGCUACGGCAAAGAUGUCACCGUUUUCCAAUCUCUCCAACAUCAGCGACUGAGCGACCGCGGACUUCUCGAACGCACACUUGAAAUCAUGGAAAAAAUGGCUCAAAUGAAUCACGAUGUCGUCGCUCAAAAGGUAUCCACUAUCCUCCAGUCCCUCCUCGCUAUCGAGAAUAAUUCUGCCAGUGGAGCCUGCUACCGUACAACUGCCUCCCUGGAGCUUUAUAAGGAGCCUCAGAGUUUUGGAGCUAAGGAUGACAAUCUCAAUGAACUGCAUGUCAAUAUACCGUACUUCGGAACCAUCAAGUUCGAACACAGCCCCACCAUUUCUAUGAUCGAACAGACAAAAUCUCUCCCCGAAGGAGGCCAUCAGAAUGAUUUGACAUCCAUAUCCCGCUUAGCUGGCUAUCAAAUUAGCACCGCCCAGCCUGCCAAUACUGAUUGGCAAAGUGUUCCGUCGUCCUUUGGGCCACCAGAUCCCUUUCAGCAGUCUGGAACAGCAAAUUGGGACCACAGCUUUUCGUACCCCGAAACCAGCGGCGAACAAGAACCUCACCUUCUUGUGCCAGGCUUAGCAGCAGAUGUGAACGAUUGGCCUUUGCAGGGAGUAGAAAUAGCUUUAUUUAGUAGUUUCACAAAAGUUUGA